AUGCAGAACGGCAAACAGCAGACGCGAGACGACUGCGUGACUCAGCUUUCAGAUUGUGUUUUGGGGGCCACUGAACACCUGAACGCAGCAGCAUCAACGUCAGCAGAAAGUCACUGCAGCAGCAGAACACACGGGGCCCCCUCCCCAGCAUCAGCAGCAACAGCAGCAGCAGACAACGGGGCCCUUGCUGCUGGGGGGCCCCCCAGCAAUCCUGAAACAACGAGAAGAGCAACACAGCUGAGGGUUUGGCUGUCUCUCGCCAGUUCUCGCGCAUGCCGGGUCCGGACGUCUCCAAAGGCGAUGGAGGAGGAGGAGCAGCAGCAGCAGCUGCACCCGCCGCAGCAGCAGCAGCAGCACCCGCAGCAGCAGCAGCAGCAGCAGCAGCAGGAGGAGCUCAUGAGGGUUUUGUGCGUGGCUUAUCAUCUCGGCAAGAGAGUCGUCGUUUAG